GAUAUCUCAAACAAUCACUAUACUAAAUGGAGAUGGACUCACAAGAAACUCAACCAAUCAUAAGCUCUUCGCCUCCCGGAAGAAUAUCACUCCGGCCGAUGACUCUUUCCGACGUCGACGACUACAUGGUUUGGGCCACAGACCCUAAAGUGGCACGCUUUUGCACUUGGGAGCCUUGUACGAGCCGAGACGAAGCUAUCAAAUACAUAACCGAUCGUGUCUUGACACACCCUUGGCUCCGAGCCAUCUGCUUAGAAGACGGCCAUCCGAUCGGCUACAUCUUGAUCAUGGCGGUUGAUAACAUCAGAAAAGAGAUUGGUUAUGUCUUAGCGAGAAAGUAUUGGGGAAAAGGGUUUGCAACGGAAGCGGUGAGGCUAGUGACGGCAGAGGUAUUCAAGGAAUUUCCGGAGAUUGAAAGGCUUGAGGCACUUGUUGAUGUGGACAAUGUUGGAUCUCAAAGGGUUCUUGAAAAAGUUGGGUUUACUAGAGAAGGUGUGAUGAGGAAGUUUUUAUGUAUCAAGGGAAGUGUAAGAGACACUGUUAUGUUUAGUUUCUUGCCUACUGAUACUUUGAAGUAAAUUGAUGGGAAAAAGAUACCUAUCUAC